UUUCUUCCCUCCUUUAUCUUGUUUCUCAACACACUGUUUUUCAUUAUUCAUAAUCCCUGAAAAUGCAAUUAACACCAGAGUUCCACCAAAUCGAAUUACACUUCAUGAGCAAACUCUCUCUCAAACUCAAACCCACCGUUCAUAUCAGAUCCUUCUGUUCCUCUUCUCUUCCCAAAGCCCAAGCCCAAGCCCAGAAUCUGAACCCUGAACCUCAAAUCAUAGUUCCCGUAAGAAAGCGUAGGGUUGUAGCUUCUUCUUCUUCCAAUGCUCAAUUGAAGGAAAAUUGGUUGGCUUCAAUCUCUUACUCUUCUUCCCCAGGAAAUAACAAUAAUGCACAUCUUUUGAAUGAACACAAAAUUGAGGGUUCCAAAUGGUUCCUUGGAAUCGACCCAGAUGUUUCUGGUGCUGUCGCGUUGUUGAAACUCCAUGAUUCUGUUUGCCAAGCUCAGGUAUUUGACUCUCCUCAUGUGAAAAUGCUUGUUGGCAAAAGAACUCGAAGACGUUUGGAUGCCAAUUCUAUUAUUCAGUUGGUUCGGAGUUUUGAUGCUCCAGCCGGAACCACUGCAUAUAUAGAGCAGUCGCUCCCUUUUCCACAAGACGGGAAGCAGGGCUGGUGGAGUGGAGGAUUUGGGUAUGGACUGUGGAUUGGGAUCUUAGUUUCGUCGGGGUUCUCUGUUGUUCCAGUGCCGUCUUUUACCUGGAAAGCGAAGUUUGAACUCUCUGGAAGCAAGAAUGCAAAGGAUGAUAGCAGGAAACUUGCAUCCACAUUAUUUCCAUCACUGAGUUCCCUUUUAAGCAGGAAAAAAGAUCAUGGAAGGGCAGAGGCUUUAUUAAUUGCUGCAUAUGGCAAAGACCAAAACGAAAGCCAGGAACUUAAGGAGACCAUUGUUGACAAAUUGGAAACCUGAUUUUUUUUAACAGCUUCGGCCUCUCCUUACUUCUUUCUUUCUUACGCCUCUUCCAUUAAUUUGACUGCCUAUUGUAACUGUCUCAAUUACUAUUUUAAACUAUAUUUUAGUUUAUAUAUUCCUAAUUUAAUGUUUAUUAGUAUUAAAAAGAUCAUGAUUUUAUUUACAGUGUAUUUGGAAUUUAUUUAAGGACACGAGUCCCUUUCAAGGAAAAUAUUUGCUACUCA